AUGGGCUUUCUGGGUCGCCGCAAGGAGCCACGUGCUACCACGAAUCGGGAGCGGAAAUCAUGGCUUCGGCGCAGCGAGCCCUACAGCGUCGAGAAACGGCCAAGCUUUGGCCAGUGGUUGAAGGUCACCAUUUUGGACAUUCUGACGAUGAUCGUUCUUGGUGUCAUUGCCCUAGUGGUUUUCCGCGCUGGCCCAGCAGGCACACGCACGUUUCCUCUCACGGUUACCAACACCGGUGAGGUCGUCUACCCGCAGUUCGCAUACCCAUACCGACCUCAGUUCGUUGCGGCGUGGCUAGCUACCUUCUUGGCAGCCGUGAUCCCGAUUGUCAUCAUUCUGCUAGCUCAGAUCCGGAUCCGUAGCUUCUGGGAUAUCAACAAUGGCAUCAUUGGCUUGAUCUAUGCCCUCGAAACCUCGGCUGCAUUCCAGGUCAUCAUCAAGUGGCUCAUCGGCGGCCUACGACCGCACUUCUACGAUAUCUGCAGGCCUGACCCCUCUCUUGCGUCACAGGGCCAAUUCAAUGCGACGGGGUUGAACGGCGUGGGCUACCAGAACUACAUGUUCACGGCGGAGAUAUGCACUGGUGAAAUAGAGGGGAUCAACAACGCGCUCGAGAGCUUCCCCAGCGGGCACUCGACUACCAUAUUCGCCGGCAUGGUGUAUCUCUACUUAUACCUAAACGCCAAGCUCAAGGUUUUCUCAAACUACCACCCAGCAAUGUGGAAGCUGGUGCUCCUGUACUGCCCUAUCCUCGGGGCCUGUUUGGUCGGUGGCUCCUUGACCGUGGAUCAAAGUCACAACUGGUACGAUAUCGUCGCCGGCGGAACCAUCGGGACUGUUUUUGCGUUCUCUUCGUACCGGAUGGUGUACGCAGCGAUCUGGGAUUCACGCAAGAAUCAUAUCCCACUCAACAGGAGCAGUGCGUUUGUAUGGUCAGAUGGCGUGGAGGGUUCCCGUAUGGUUUUCACGAAGCGCGCCGGUUGGAGGCCGAGCAAACGAGGCACUCAUGCUGUGAAUGGAAAUGAGCAGCGAGCCAGCUUUAGCAACGGCCACAGCCCCAAAUUCCCCCGAGGCACUGCGAGAGGAUCUAGGAGAGGUGAUGACAUAGUCUAA